AUGUCUUCCAAAGUUAGGGCAGAGGAGGGACAGCCGUCGUCACUGAUUCCGUCACUUCCCGAAGACGUCAUCGUUGACAUCUUAGCGCGUGUACCGAGAUGCAACUAUACAACACUCUCCCUCGUUUCAAAACACUUCCGUUCACUCGUUGCAUCCCCUCAUAUAUACGCGAGACGAGCCUUGUUGGGCUGCACCGAACAUACUCUCUACGUUCAUCUCUUUAACAGGGACAAAGGUCACCAACUGCAUAUCCUCCGCUGGAAAUCCAACGGAAAUCACUGCUUGUUCCAUAUCCCGUCGCUUACUAUGCCUCACGGCGGAAGCUUUGUGGCGAUGAAUGCUUUGUGGGAAACGGACGAGAUGGUGAAUGCUAAAAAGUGGGAUGAUGCUUGCGUGGUUGAUGAUGUUUUGUACUAUCACGAUGUCGUGGAGAACAAGUUAAAAGCGUAUGAUUCAGAGAAGAAGUGUUGGGGAGUGGUGAAUGGUGUUGAGGAAUUAUUGUCUAAGAAGAGAGGUUCUGGGUGGUGGGAGACUGCGAGUUGCGGUGGGAAACUUUUUUUGGUCCAUUCUCAAGAAAGUUACAUUGAAGUGACUUUUUUGCGGAGAUUUCCUUGGAAAUAA